CGAGCCGACGCGAAUAGCGUGCUCCGUACUUGGCUUGCUUCUCCACUGUAUUCCAUGCCAUGCAACAGCAACGCAACCAGAACCCAGCCAUACAACCUGGAGAGUAACCUCGAGAUCUUGAACUCCCGCCUCACCAUCCAAACCGCCCCCUUGCCCCCCCGCGAUCGCCUCAUCCUGUGCCUUUCCCGGCACCGUCUACUACGCGUUCGCAUUCACCGUCGACGGCUGGUCUCCAUUGAUGCGACUCACAGAACCGCCAAUUCGAGCUGCGCGGCGCAAGCUUCUAUGAGGUCGGCUGGAGGUGUACAAGUUGCUUGGGUUGGCGUGACAGCCGCUUGCGACAUGAAUAGCCCUUGAUUUGGAGAUGAUAAUUGGCACCUUCGACGACGAUCGAUUCCUUAGUACCGGCGAGUUUUUCAAGGAGAUCCCUUUUGAUCUCUCUUCACCUGGCGUCACGGAAAUCGCGACUCGACCAUCGACGCGACACAACGAUAACGAGAAGCACUUUCCGUGAAUGCGCAGAUUACCAGCAGACAUUGUCGCAUUAAUUUCUUCCUGCAACUCCUAAUCACAAAUAUCAUCCGCUACCCUCGAGAACCUCGGAAUCUGCUCUGGGUCAAACACGACGUUCAUGAUGGAGAUCAAGAAGGCCAAGGCAGGCACUUCAAAGGAUACCACUACACUGAGCCUACUCAAUGAACAGAUCCGCGAUCUGAGAGACCAUCACCUCCCACAUGUAAGCUGUUUGUUGCGCAAGUCGGGGCACCCAUUCUAACAAAGAAAUUAGACUCCUUAUCUACUUGAAGUCAUCACAGACUACCCUUACCGAAACGAGUUCCCUCACGAGAAUAAAAACACACCGUUCCAUUCGUGGGAGGUCAAGCCUCUGCAGUACAUGACUCUGAUUCAAGACGGCGAUCGAGGCAUUGCUACUGCGAGAGGGAACUGGGAGGAUGAGUUUGCGGGGCCCCCAUCCACAAGCGCAGAUGCGCGCAGUAAUACUCCGACCCCAAACGCCCUCAGGGAAACAAAGAAAGCCUCCGUCAAGUAUUCAAUCAAAGACUACAAGAGCAUGAAGGAAACCGGUGUAAAGCCAUCGCCGAAGCCCCUCGCCGCAGAUGCGGACCGGAAGCCUAGUCAGUCGAAAAACCUUGGAUUGUCUGCCAGUACGCCCAUGUCUCGUGUGUCUUCAAUGGAAGGUGGUUUGGCCGGAGGGAAACAGAAUGGCGCAAAUCCAGUGGGACGUGUAGCUCGUACGGAGAAGGGAGCUCGGGAAGAUCGGUUAGUCCAUGUAAUGAAUUGUUGCGCGCAUCUUGCUAAUGCAGGCUCCCUAGAACAAGCGAUAUAUUCUCAUCUCGCGCAGAAGCACGAGAACGACCUCUACAUAAUACCAACGGUCAUGUAGACUCACGCGAGUCCCUGCAAAGCAAACCUCAUGCCCAAAAGUUACCAAAAACUGAUCAGCACUCCUUACCUCCGAUCAAACAUGGUUUACCUCCUCGUCCACCAUCUCCUCGACGCGAUAGACAGCCAGCCGAUGCCAAGAAGAGACCUCCCGACUCCGCAGCUGUUCCAGCUGAAAAGCGUACGAAGAUUGAGCCAAUGAAAUCUAUGUCAAAUUCCCUCAAUAAUUCGUCAAAAAAGCCAGAACCUCGGUCAGAUACAAGACCAUCGCCACUCAAAUCUCAAAGACCAACAGCUCAGGCAUCUCCUCUACCAAGAAAAUCUCGUCAAAAUUCAAAACCCAUCGAUACAAAACAGGCUUCGAAGUCCCGUUCGGAAAAGCCUAAUAACCUCCCACCACUCCUAUCGCCAUUGCCAGCUGAUCUUGAUAAUGAACCUAUAUCUCAGUUUUCUUUUGCUUCACACGUAAAAGAACCCAAAUCAGGCAGGAACUCUUCUUCAAAUACGCCUUCAACCAAAUCUAAAGCCCCUAAUCGAGAUACCAUCGUGGUUAAAAGCUCGGCUAAUGGAUCUUCGCCUUUAUCUACACCUCCGGAUUCAUCAUCACCGCCAUUCAUACUUCCACCCAUUCUUUCACCUACCCUUCCCGCGGUCGUUGAGCAAGAGCUACUCCGAAUACAACAAAAAGGGACGACAUCACUCAAUACUGUCGAAGCUCGGCAUGAGAAGGUACGACAACCGGACGCCCCUGGCGUGGCCCGUAAGACAGUGAAGUCUAAAGUUGGACACCCUCCGAGGAAACAGCCUGCAGAUUUGUCAAGCAAGUUCCAAGAGAGCGAAAGGACUGAGCAGAUCUCAGAUUCAACUCCAAGUUACGUUGUAAAACUUGAAUACAGAAUGUCCUCACGGAAACGGAUAGAAGAAAUAUUAAGGUCAAAACCUAAACCGGGAUCGGAAUUCAGAAAGCCCGAGACAAAGCCUGAGAUCAAGAAACCUCAAGUAGUCUAUCCCUCAGACUCGGAAGAAGACGUACCUUUGGCAUCACUGCAAAAGCAAGCACCUACUGCUCGGAAACGUCCAGUGGAGUCGGUGGGGUCGCAACCACUUGAGCCACCACCAAAACGUAGAGAGAUAGAAACGCAGAAACCGAACAACACACCACUCAAACCGGCAUUCAAGUCGCCGGCUCCCAGUGCACCCAGCGACAAAAGCCUUCUCGCUACGCCCAAGAGAACUGAAGCUGUCAAAACGGUGGCCAUGCGUAGGGUUGACUCGGGCGAUGGUCAUGCGCGUACUCCCCAGGCAGCACCAGCUAGCACACCAGCAAGUGCUGAGAAGCCUCGUAUCAAUGGUGAUGUCCGACCUAUACACAACAGCCCGGAGGCAGAAAGGCUGUUUGCGGAGGAGAAGCGAUACCUUGAUCACGCCACCAAGCUGAAGCGUCGUAUGGAUGACAUUCUCAAAAUCAAGAGCAAAGCACGCGAGAUAGUUCCCGAGCAGCAAAGGAAACUCGGAUUGUGCGUCGCUUUCGAAGCUCUUGUCUUAUACAUGCAAAGCUUCGCCUAUAACGUGCGACAUGCCCGCGCCUUGAAUCGCCCACCCACAACAUCGCAAUGGGAAUCCUGUCUCAAGCUUUGGGAUUUCAUGGAGAAAUAUAGUCUACAGUGGGUCCCAACGUUUGCACCUCUCAGUUCACGCCUUGGUGCUAUCUGUCGGGAGGAGCUGCGACGUUGUGCUAUGGAUUCUAGGGAGUACACCACGAGGGAGAGUAAGAUAUGGGAGCUCAUCCGGCUCAAUGACCAGAAACGAGAUCAACUUUGGGCGAGGUCAUAUGCUACGAAGGGUACACUUGUGGAGCUAGGAGUUGCGGAUACGAUCGGGCCAUGGACCACGAUUCCGGAUGUGACGAAUUUUGCCUUGGAGUUCUUGACGGCUUAUUCAAAGAAGGAGAAUGCCGGUUGGAAAAAGGAGCCUUUUGGUGGUGUCUGAGUAGUCGUCUUUCUUCUCUCUUUUAUUGGGAUUGGAUGGAAGGUGUUCUUCCGUUCCUUUUUUUUCGUUUGUCUACAUGAUGAGAUAUGAUGGUACCGGCUGGCUGGAUGGGUCGCAGGCACGGGACGGAGAAAGACACAAAGCGCGUACGUUUUUGAUUUUUUGAUUUUGAGACGAGAGACUUUAAAAUACCCAGGACAGAUGACUGUUGUGUUUCUUGUGGGGCGGGUGGCGUUCCUUUCCCCCUCUUUUUUUCUUUUUUACCAUAGUACGUUGGUUGCGAGAGCGAGAGAUAGGGCUCUGGGAUUAGGAGCGAACGAGCUCAAGUUUUCUUUUUCUUUUUUCUUCUUUUCUUUCUGUUUGUAAAAUAUAUCUGUACCUGAUCUGGUUUAGGUGUCAAGGGCAAUGUGACUCGCUGGUUGGGGAAUCCAAAUGGUUAUAGGAGGAAUGUUGUUGUUUAUAAUGAAAGGAAGAUGCAAAUGCCAAAUGCAGAAUGAUAUUAGGGAUUCCUGAAUAAGAGCUCUUUUUUUUUACGAA